AUGGAAACACUGAUUUGGUUAUGAAGCUUCGAUAAAAGAUGAAUGUUUGGAAUCCGCUGCACAAAAAUUUAUUGGUGACUUAUAGUUCUUUUUCAGCUUUGUUUCCUCGCUCUUAGUUUUGAUAUAAGCUCAACAGGCUGUGAGGCUACUAUUUGAAUGAGAGGAAGGUACCUUAUAUCAAUCGCAUUAAUAAUCUCAGCUACUUUAACCGCAACUAUUGUAAAAGUAGAUAAAAUCACCCAAGAAAGCAGCCUUUCUUUAUCCUUCCCAGGCAUUUCAACACUUUUAUUUGGAAUUUUAAGUCUAGGAUGGGCAGGUUAUAUUUAUUUGAAUUUUCCUGCCAACUGUAAUGAAGAGUUCAAGUAUUUUAUUGGCGUAGAAGCCUUGCUGUAUUUUUUAUCAAUUUUGCCUGUUUUAGUUGCACUUAUAUGGAUGGUGCUUGUGAAAACUACUGUUAUUAUUUUAGCAUUGGCAUUUCCAACCCUUUUCUUAGAAGCUCAUAUAAAAUCGCGAUAA